AUGCCAUCCCGUAUGAAUGCUUAUUGGCAGCAGACCUACGCAAAUCGGAUAUUGAUGGAUGCCCUCCUCCAUAAUUUCCUGGACCCGACAGCUACGCUUAGGGCUGAAGAAGAUCUGGUGGCUGAACAGGCACCCCCGACCCCGGGGAACAACCAUCUUGACCUCCCCACGGGGGUUUGGGGACCGACGCACCAAGACGCGUUCACCUUCCCGAUGAGCAACCACGCCCAGGGGGCCCAGCCACCACCAUUCAACAUGCACGGCGGCUUCUUCGACAACACCGGGAUGGGGGAUUUCGCGAACGGGGGUAUGGGCAUGACGAUGGGAGGAGGAGGGAGGAUGCGCGCCGCGCGUGCGGGGCCGUCGACGGCUCACGCUCAAGUGCCGUUCCCCACCUAUCCUCACCCUGCGCCACCCGCCUUCGCGCAAGCCACGGACAACGAAUGGCUUUACCGGCGUUCGCUCCUUCGGGAGCCCCCGCCCUUGGGAGUUCCCGGGCCUUCUCGAUGGCAGGCGCCCGCGCCCGUGCGGGAGAAUUGGGCGUUCGCGGAUGCCGCCAUUGGCAUCCAGCAGGCGCCUGCCGCUGGAGGCACAGGACGGGUCGCCGGGGGUGGUGAAAGAUCGAUCCACGCCGCAUCAUGCGCAUCGUUGGACCGGUCUCUGAACAAGCUUUGCUGCGAACGAGUGCACGCGAAGUCCACUCGGCAAAGUCCGAACUUCGCGGCGCUCCCACACCAGCCUUCCUCCAAAGCGUCCACACACGCCCAUACGAACACCGAACACAAGUGGUCAUGGCACCGCUGGGGUCCACUACGGCGUGCACGGAUCAAGAUUUCCGAUGUGGUCCCACAAGACUCGAGUCUCACAAUAGAUGGGCGCUUUGACAUCACGCACGAAGACCUCAUAGAGUCAGGGAAGAAUGCGUGCUCGACGGGGGACCGGGAGAGGUGGCCAACCUGCCGCGUCAUGUCUGGGCGCCCAGGCAAAACGCGGUAG